UAUGCUCGGGAAGCUCGCGGAGACGCAUCUGCCGACUAGGUCAACGCAAGGCUGGAUAAAAAAUAAAGAGGGAUAUAAACAAAAAACUACCAGGAUUUUUUAAAACUCUGGAUUACUUGAAAAUGGCUGAAUUAUCUAUGCGUUAUUUGUAACACUUUUAGAGCUCCGGCUGGAUAUAUUUGGAUAGACAACUCCACAAUAUGAACUUCGGUCGCCGAUAAAGGAAUAACAACUCUUAUCAAGAAUAUCGCGCGUACUAUUUUCCAAAUCUUCCGCACACAUAAUGGUAGGCUUAAGUUUACCUCUUGAUAUUCACGAGUAGUAGACAUUUUUAAUUUUUUUGCGCUCAAGCUUUUCUCUAGUGCCUGUUGACGAGGUGAUAUCUGUGGAUACUGGAGAAGCAGCUCGCGGGCUACCUGAUCUCUUCAUGCACAAAAGCAAGACACGAGCUAAUGACACAGAAGCUUGUCGUGCUCGCCAUUACGCUCUCUGACAGGGUUGUGAGUUUUCUGACCAAGGUUCCGAAAUGUUUCUUCUAUUAGUCUAUUUCAGGUGCCUUUUUGACACAUGAUUAGCUUAACUUAUUACGCAUUAGGCCAACUGAAGUUCUGAUGUUAGGCUAGUAUUAAACUGCAAAUCUGUUGAGUAUAUCCUAUAGUUUGUGUUUGAAAUUAUAACAUUGUACUUAAGUUGUUUAUUUCAUUGCUCGAGGCUGCGUUCUAAGACUGCUGGAAUUCAGCCGGUUGGCUAAGCCAGACCCAGGCUCAAACCUAGCCAAUAUGACUAUUAGUGGAGUGGACGUCCUGCAGGAAUCGCUAUGCCACGCUCCGUUUUAAAGGAGCACAACCCAGGACUGUCAGACCCUAAUGCACAAAUGUCUCCCCGCUCCAGUGUUGCUGCGUGACCCAGUCACAUGUCUAGAAUGAGCACGGAUCUAGAGCGUAUGUCGCUCAACUCCUCCUCGGCCAACUCCGUGGCCUCGAGUGCCCGCACGCUGUCAGCCAAUGUCAAGAAGCUGCACAACGCGCUCAACCUGCUACUCAACGAAUUGGAGCGGGAGCAGUUCAUCCACUGCCUCAACGUGUACCACUCCAAGCGUAAUGUCUACGACCUGGUUCAAACACUUAAAGUCAUCCUCAAUGCGCCCAGCAAACGCCAACUUCUGCCCAUGCUACGGCAGGUCAUUCCCCGCUCCGACCAGCUUUUGUUUGACCAGCACACCUCGGAGGGCCUUUACUUGAAAUCGGAUUUACUUGCCAGAAAUGGGAGCGCCGAAGCGUUGGGCGAAGUUCCCAGUGGGAGUCCAACUCCUCCUGGGCAUUUCUUGCCAACACCUCCCGGAUCUCAAGUUGCGAUGCGCGGCUCUCCGGAUAGUUUCAGCACCAGCAGUGAUGGGACAGCUCCCCUCGUCCCGCUGCUCGGGAGAGGCUUUCUGCACGAGCCUCCAGGAGAGGUUCGACAAGUGACCCUGAAACGGCACAAGAGCAACGAGGGCUUGGGUUUCAGUAUCCGCGGAGGCUCGGAGCACGGGGUCGGCAUCUAUGUGUCUCUGGUGGAGCCGGGAUCCCUUGCCGAAAAAGAGGGACUAAGGAUUGGGGAUCAGAUUAUGAAAGUCAACAACACAGUGUUCGAUAAAGUCACGCAUGCUGAAGCAGUGAAGGUGUUGAAGGGCAGUAAGAAGCUGUCCCUGUGGGUGCGGUCGGUGGGGCGUAUCCCGGGUGGUUAUGUCACUAAUCAUGUGUACACCUGGGUGGACCCUCAGGGUCGCAGUGUGACCCCUCCCCCUGACCUCCCAGAGCACCGCAGUGCCACCCUGAGACGCAACGACAGCCAGCGACGCAGCAACAUGCAGCUACUGCAGGAGGGAGACGAGAAGAAGGUGAACUUGGUAUUGGACGAUGGCCGUUCGCUGGGUCUGAUGAUCCGGGGAGGGGCAGAGUAUGCCUUGGGGAUCUACAUCACAGGAGUGGACCGGGGCUCUGCUGCAGAGUGUGGAGGACUCAAGGUGGGUGACCAGAUCCUGGAGGUGAACGGGCGCAGCUUCCUGGGCAUCCCACACGACGAGGCGGUGCGCAUGCUCAAGUCGUCGCGCCACCUGAUGAUGACGGUGAAGGAUGUGGGGCGCCUGCCGCACGCCAGGACGGUGGUGGGGGAGACCAAGUGGAUCACUAGCUCCCAGAUAGCAGAGAGCUCCGCCAGUGGCAGCGUGGCCGGCUUGUCCAUGGACCAAGGAGCCUCAGCAUCAGGAAAGCCGGUGUUCUAUAAGGGUGUGGCGGGCUCCCAGGUGACCCUGUCCAGCCUGGUGAACCAGAGCAGAGCCAUGCUGGAGGAACAGGCCCGCCACCUGCUGACGGAGACAGAGAGGCAGACCAUGGGCUACUACGUGGAGGAGUACCGAGACGGACACAUAGAGGUGGAGCAACUGGUCAUGGCCCUGUUUGAAUUGCUCAACACACACGCCAAGUUCUCCCUGCUAUCAGAGGUGCGUGGCCUGGUGACACCCCAGGAUCUGGAGCGUUUCGAUGGGAUGGUGCUGCGCCGCGAGAUCCAGGCUUUGAAGGCCCGGCAGGGGGGUGCCAGUGCGGCCGCCCUCCACCCUGACUCCCUCUCCAUGGUUUCCUACCCAGAUACCCUGGCCUCCUCGUCAGCCAGCUACAUGACCUCCACCACCCUCAGCUCAGCACGGAAUGACAGUACGGUGGAGAGUAAUGGGGGGGAUACUCAGGAGAGUCUGGAUGCGCUGCCUGACAUAUCUCUGGAUGAGGUGCACUCCACGUCCGAAUCUCCCCCCACCUUCAAACCUCCACCCCCUCCAGGGGUGCAGAGACGCCCCAGCAGACGGGACCAGGUCAAAAAGCUUCCCUCCUCCGAAUCCUCCUAUUCUGGGCUCUACUUCACCGCCCCCUCCCGUAACCCCCACAUUGACCAGAGGGGGGAGCAAGGACCCCCCUCCUCACCCAAGGUCCCCCCCAAAAAGGAUCCCUCAGUCCCCCCAAAGAAGGACCCCUCUGCCCCCCCUAAGAAGGAGAUGGCAACUGCCCAGCUCUCCAUGGUCAACAAGCACCCUAUAGGCCCCUUCCCCCGAGUCCAGUCCCCUACUAGGACCACCAAGCCUGCCGCCCCCUCUCCAUCUCCACCCCCUCCGCCGCCGCUCACUGCCCCAUCCGCACCGCCUCCACUUCCCCACAGCCAGGACAAGUCCUCCCCUGGCUCCAACAAACAGCACUUUGUCAUGGUGGAGGUCCAUAGGCCCAAUGCAGAGUCUGAUGUCAACGAGGUGCGGUCACUGCCCCAGGCACGAGGUGCCAACCUGUCCCAGCUGUCAGACAGUGGACAGACGCUGAGCGAGGACAGCGGCGUGGACAUUGGCGAGUCAGGGCGUUUCAGCAAGGAAAGCAGUCCCCGUCCCGCCCGCAUACGCCCCCCACGACAUCCCCAGGGGGCAGGAGGGGACACCCCUGCCAAACCGCCGGGUCUCUUGGAGCCCACCUCCACACUAGUGAGGGUGGCAAAGAGUGCCAGCACCCUCGGCAUCGCCAUCGAAGGGGGUGCCAACACUCGCCAGCCCCUGCCACGCAUCGUCACCAUACAGAGGGGCGGUUCGGCGCAUAACUGCGGGCAGCUGCGGGUGGGUCAGGUGAUCCUGGAGGUGAACGGGAUUUCCCUGAGGGGCCGGGAGCACAGGGACGCCGCACGCCUCAUCGCAGAGGCCUUCAAGACCAACGAGAGGGACCACGUGGACUUCCUGGUCACUGAGUUCAACGUGGCGCUAUAGGAGGAAGUAGAGGAGGUAGAGAGAGACUUGUCAUGGAGAAAGAAGGGAUGAGGUAUAGGCACGGCAGAGGUAGAGAGGAGAGGGGGGCUGUUGGGGCAAAGUGGUAUAGGCCUACAUACUGUAUUUUACAUGGGUUUAUCUACCAACUACCCUUGGUCCCUCCACCUUAGUAUCCUCCAGUUUAAUUCAAGCUUUAGCCCACACAACUAGACACGGAUACAGUUGCACUCUAAGUUGAGUUGCACCCAUGAGAUUUCGGUAACACUUUACUUGACAGCCAGUUUCAUGACACAUUCAUAACCAUGUCAUAUGUCAUGACAGCUGACAUAACGUGUCAUAACCUGUCAUAAUAUGGUCAUAACACUGUCAUGACCCAUACAGUUACACAUGUUGUGAUAUAUAUUGUGUUAUUUUAUGGCUGGUUAUAAGAGUGCCAAAACCCACAUUUAUUCAAUUUAGUUUUUUCCCUGCCCAUAAGUUUCCUUUCAUUUGAAAGUGUGUUUCUUAAAUCCUUUGUUUUAAAAUAACUUUAUGGCACUGUCAAGAAGCAUUAUGACCAUCCUGUGUCACUUUACUUGAACUAAGAAAAUACACUUUAUGACACUGUCAAGAAGCAUUACGACCAUCUUAAUCAUAUAAGCCAGAUAGGCCUAUCACGUACGUGCCCUUAUAUCAGUCAUCAGUCAAAAAGAGGGUGUCUUGUCCUGCUCCUUCAUUCAUCCCAUUCAUCAGCAACAGAGUAUUGGGGUAGGUGCAUGUCUGACAUCAACAUGUUUGCAAUAACAAUGAUAAUUUAAAAACAAAAUAUAUAAACUCAGCAAAAAAAGAAACGUCCUCUCACUGUCAACUGUGUAUAUUUUCAGCAAACUUAACAUAUGUAAAUAUUUGUAUGAACAUAACAAGAUUCAACAACUGAGACAUAAACUGAACAAGUUCCACAGACAUGUGACUAACAGAAAUGGAAUAAUAUGUCCCUGAACAAAGGGGGGGUCAAAAUCAAAAGUAACAGUCAGUAUUUGGUGUGGCCACCAGCUGCAUUAAGUACUGCAGUGCAUCUCCUCCUCAUCGACUGCACCAGAUUUGCUAGUUCUUGCUGUGAGAUGUUACCCCACUAUUCCACCAAGGCACCUGCAAGUUCCCAGACAUUUCUGGGGGGGAAUGGCCCUAGCCCUCACCCUCCGAUCCAACAGGUCCCAGGCGUGCUCAAUGGGAUUGAGAUCUGGGCUCUUCGCAGGCCAUGGCAGAACACUGACAUUCCUGUCUUGCAGGAAAUCACACACAGAAUGAGCAGUAUGGCUGGUGGCCAUGCUGGAGGGUCAUGUCAGGAUGAGCCAACAGGAAGGGUACCACAUGAGGGAGGAAGAUCUCUUCCCUGUAACACACAGCGUCGAGAUUGCCUGCAAUGACAACAAGCUCAGUCCGAUGAUGCUUUGACUCACCGCCUCAGGCCAUGACGGACCCUCCACCUCCAAAUCGAUGCCACUCCAGAGUACAGGCCUCGGUGUAACGCUCAUUCCUUCGAUGAUAAACGCAAAUCCGACCAUCACCCCUGGUGAGACAAAACCGCGACUCGUCAGUGAAGAGCACUUUUUGCCAGUCCUGUCUGGACCAGCGACGGUGGGUUUGUGCCCAUAGGCGACGUUGUUGCCGGUGAUGUCUGGUGAGGACCUGCCUUAUAACAGGCCUACAAGCCCUCAGUCCAGCCUCUCUCAGCCUAUUGCGGACAGUCUGAGCACUGAUGGAGGGAUUGUGCGUUCCUGGUGUAACUCAGCAGUUGUUGUUGCCAUCCUGUACCUGUCCCACAGGUGUGAUGUUCGGAUGUACCGAUCUUGUGCAGGUGUUGUUACCCGUGGUCUGCCACUUCGAGGAUGAUCAGCUGGCUGUCCUGUCUCCCUAUAGCGCUGUCUUAGGCGUCUCAUAGUACGGACAUUGAAAUGUAUUGCCCUGGCCACAUCUGCAGUCCUCAUGCCUCCUUGCAGCAUUCCUAAGGCACGUUCACGCAGAUGAGCAGGGACCCUGGGCAUCUUUCUUUUUGUGUUUUUCAGAGUCAGUAGAAAGGCCUCUUUUUAGUGUCCUAAAUUUUCAGAACUGUGGCCUUAAUUGUGUACCGUCUGUAAGCUGUUAGUGUCUUCACGACCGUUCCACAGGUGCAUGUUCAUUCAUUGUUUAUGGUUCAUUGAACAAAUAUGGGAAACAGUGUUUAACUUCUUAUGGCUGCAGCCCGAGGCCGCCCACAAUAUGACAACAGCCAGCUCAGGUGCAGGGCGCGAAAUUCAAAAUAUAUUGUUUUUAAAUAUUGAACUUUCACACAUUAACAAGUCCAAUACAGCAAAUGAAAGGUACACAUCUUGUGAAUCCAGCCAACAUGUCCGAUUUUUAAAAUGUUUUACAGCGAAAACAGCACGUAUAUUUAUGUUAGCUCACCACCAAAUACAAAAAAAGGACAGACAUUUUUCACAGCACAGGUAGCAUGCACAAAGCCAACCUAAUUAACCAAGAACCAACCAAACUAACCAACAAACAACUUCAUCAGAUGACAGUCUUAUAACAUGUUAUACAAUAAAUCUAUGUUUUGUUCGAAAAAUGUGCAUAUUUCAGGUAUAAAUCAUAGUUUACAUUGCAGCUACAAUCAGAAACUGCACCGAAAGCAGACAGAAUAAUUACAGACACCAACGUCAAAUACCUAAUUACUCAUCAUAAAACAUUUCUGAAAAAUACAUAGUGUACAGCAAAUGAAAGACAGGCAUCUUGUGAUUCCAGCCAUUAUUUCCGAUGUAUUAAGUGUUUUACAGCGAAAACACAAUAUAGCGUUAUAUUAGCUUACCACAAUAGCCAGAAAGACAAGCCAUUUCCCAGCAGUAAAAGUUAGCGAUCGUAACAAACCAGCAAAGGAUAUAUAAUUUUUGACUAACCUUGAUAUUCUUUAUCAGAUGACAGUCCUAUAACAUCAGGUUAUACAUACACUUAUGUUUUGUUCGAAAAUGUGCAUAUUUAGAGCUGAAAUCAGUGGUUAUACAUGUUGCUAUCUUAGCUACUUUUUCCACAACGUCUAAAUAGCAACGAUAUUUUUCUGACACGUUUUCUGACACAUAUUCUGACCAAAUAGCUAUUCAUAAACAUAACUAAAAAAUACAUGUUGUAUAGGAAAUGAUAGAUCCAUUAGUUCUUAAUGAAAUCGCAGUGUUAGAAUUCUAAAAAAUAACUUCAUUACGACAUCCAGCUUCGGUAUAGCUGAGUACCCCAAAGUUGGGCGCCGGCGACUAGUUCACAUGCACGACAGAUAUAUGAAAUAGCAUUAUAAAAUGUUUCUUACUUUUGGUGAUCUUCCAUCAGAAUGUUGGACAAGGUGUCCUUUGUCAAGAACAAUCGUUGUUUGGAUUUAGAACGUUCAUUUUCCCUCUUGAAUUAGCAAGCGCACUUGCCAAGUGGCUCGAAGCUCUCCCUGUCAACAAACGGAAGAGAACGGAACACGGCAAAACUCCCGAAAAAUGUUCAAUAAUCUCAUGAAACUAUAUUGAAAAAACAUACUUUACGAUGAUAUGGUUACAUGUAUCAAAUAAAAUCAAAGCCGGAGAUAUUAGUCGCCUAUAACGGCAGCUAAACAGAAGGCAAAUCCAAGUCCCCUUUCGUGCUCUCCAGAAAACAGGAAAUGGGCGGACACGUCAUACAAAGAGCUUGUGUUCCACUUCAGACCAAGAUAAACACGAAAUUUCUUCUCUCACCGCCUCUUGACAUCCAGGGGAAGGUGUAUGAAGUGCACGUAUACUAAUACGUAUCAUGCCCAUGUAUAGGCAGGAAGUAGAACAGAGCAUCGAUUUCAGACUUUCCACUUCCUGGUCAGGAAGUUUGUGCCAAAGGAGUUCUGUUUGACUCACAGAUAUAAUUCAAACGGUUUUAGAAACUAGAGAGUGUUUUCUAUCCAAUAGUAAUAAUAAUAUGCAUAUUGUACGAGCAAGAAUUGAGUACGAGGCCGUUUGAAAUGGGCACCUUUUAUCUGGCUACUCAAUACUGUCCCUGCAGCCCAAACAGGUUAAACCCUUUACAAUGAAGAUCUGUGAAGUUAUUUGGAUUUUUACAAAUUAUCUUUGAAAGAUACUGUUCUGAAAAAGGGAUGUUUCUUUUUUUGCUGAGUUUACAAUAUAAACAUACUGUUGACACGUAGGCUAUGGUUUAAUGGAAUGUUUUGCCUUGUGUGGUAGGUUAUGUGAGUUUUGACACUCUUAUGUAGCUGUCAUAACCAGCCAUAGAAUAACGCAAUAUAUGUCAACACAGGUCUAGAUAUAUGUGUCAUGACAGUGUUAUGACAUAUUAUGACAUGGUAAUGACCGUGUCAUAAUAUGUUAUGGCGCUGGGUGUCAAGUAAAGUGUUACCGAGAUUUCUCCCGUGGAUCAUGGACUUCCACCGUCCUUGUGACCUUGGUUUGUGGGAUACUCCCUGUAGUAGUCCCUUCUCUUGCCUGUGUGUCUCUAUAUCUCAUGUGCUAUCACUCUUUCUGUGUUGGCUAGUGGCUACAUUCUGUGGAUCUCAAUUGGACACUUGGACAAUGAGGCCAUCGGCACUAGAGCUCUAGCUGAAGAUGUGCUCCUACAGUGGUCAGUCUGCAGUCGGUGUCUACUAAUCCAUGUCGGUCUGAGAGACAACCGCACACGUUAGAGGCACCGGCUGUGUCCCACACGGCACUCUAUUCCGAUAUAGUGCACUACCUUUGACCAGAACCCUAUGGGCCCUGGUCAAAAGUAGUGCACUAAAUAGGGAACAGGGUGGGACGCAUGCUCGCUUUCCUUCCAGCAGAGAGGAAGAGGCAGGUGAAAACACCAUUUUCCAAUGCCAUUUUGUUUUUGUAUAUGUACAAAUGAACAAAUGUACAUACAACAAAAAAAUAUAUAUAAAGAUAAUCUAUGAAUUAUAAAAACCUAAUCUUAUAUGCUUAAAAAAAUAGAAUACUUCAAAGUGUAACUGUUAAGUCGCUUAAUCGCUCCGCUUUUCUGCAAACAUGUCCUCAAGUGAAGAGUAAUGGAGAUGAUUGUGAUUUAAUUGCCCUCUCUGGCAACGCUAGUGUUUGUGUUUGCGCAGAGGGCUUGCUGGGACCUGUGUCACCUAGUAAUUACUAUGCCUAAGAAGUGGUAAUGAGGCAUUGGGGAAAAGGAACUGCUACAGAAGCUCUCUUUGAGACACACUCCCAGAACACACACGUGGACCAGCACACACACGCAGGCAUGCCGUCUUACCACACACACACACACUCUCUCACACGCACACACAUACUCUCUCACACGCACACACACUCUCUCUCACACACACACACAAACACACACCCGCAUACAUACAUACGGGAAUGAGGAGGGAGUCAUGCCAAUCAGAAAGAAGAGAGGAAGGAGGAACAAGAGGAUUAUUUUUUUUCCUCUUUGAGAGAGAGAGGGGGAAAGGGGGUGUGCAAGGUAGUGAUGGGAAGUUUGUCUCUUUUAUUGACUAAGAUUUUUUCAACUCGUUCAGUCAAAAGAACAAAUUGUUCGACUCAUUUCGUUAAUUUGAGUCUGUAAUGCCCAGAGCACAUAGGACCUUCUAACACCGAGCGAUUAACUGAAAAAUCGAAAGAGUCAUAAUUCGACAAGUCUCUUGUUCACAUCUCGUUCACCAUAGCGGGCUUAUUGGAGCUGUCAUUUGUGACUGAGACAUGUAAACGUGUGCUAUAAACAAUGUACAUUAGGCAUACAAAUAAGAUUAGCCUAUUUCUUCAUACAUUUGAAAUGAGGUGUGGUUGUGGCCGGUCUAGAUUGUGAAGGACUCUUAAAUGACUGAGGGUGAUAAGCACAAUGUCAUUCGUGAACUGCAGCCCC